AUGUUGAACACUGCAACCGACUCUGUCAACACUUAUCGAACAACCCUUAAAACCACGCCUGUCAUGAAGGCAGCGCGCUUUCACGGUCGCGGCGACAUCAGGGUUGAGGAAAUUGAAGAACCCAGAUGCGGCAAAGGGCAGGUGAAGAUGCGACCAUCAUUCGUUGGGAUCUGUGGAAGUGACAUCCACGAAUACUCCGGAGGCCCUGUUCUAGUUCCAGAAAAGCCACACGCAAUCACAGGAACCAGCCUGCCAGUAACACUCGGCCACGAAUUCAGCGGAAUCGUCGAAGAAGUCGGAGAAGGAGUGACCCAUAUCUCUCCGGGACAACGAGCGGUUGUGCGACCGACCAUAUUCGAUCGAGAAUGCACACCAUGCAAGCAGGGUUAUGAAUACUGUUGUGAGAAGAUCGGUUUCAUCGGACUUUCUGGCUACGGUGGUGGAUUAGCGAAGUACAUCGUAGCACCCGCAGAACAUUUCUAUACGAUUCCCGACAACGUAUCCCUCGAAGCAGCAGCAUUAGUAGAACCGUUGGCAGUAGCCUGGCACGCCGUGAACAUAUCUCCAUUCAAGCCAAAUGACAACGUCUUGGUGCUCGGGGGCGGACCUGUCGGUAUUGGGAUCAUCCAGGUGCUCGCACUACAGGGGGCAAAGAACAUCAUUGUUGCGGAGUUGACGGAGAAUAGGAAGCGGUUCGCUUCUAGUUACGGCGCAAACCAUAUCCUGGAUCCGCGAGAGGUAGACGUCGCUACAAAGGUACGCGAGUUGACCGACGGCGUGGGAGCCGAUGUUGUUUUUGAUACGGCUGGUGUGGAGGUGGCUUUGAACGGAGCCAUCGCAGCAUGUCGAACGCACGGAACAAUAGUAAACAUUGCGGUGUGGGAGAAGCGACCAGCCAUCCGAGUCAAUGAGUUGAUGUAUAGUGAAGUCAACUAUACGGGAUCAGCACUGUACGAUGAGAGUGCGUUCCGAGAAGUUAUUCGAGCACUUAGUUAUGGGCAAUUGAAACCCGAGAGGAUGGUUACCUCGAAGAUCAAGCUUGAUGAAGUCGUGGAGAAAGGUUUCCAGGCCCUUGUGAAUGAUCGGGACUCACAUUGUAAGAUACUGGUUGAUGUACAAGCCUGA